AUGACUGCACCAAAUCUUUCAACUCGGUUUCAAGAUGUUGGUAAUGCAUAUUUUGCAUGUUCUCAAAAUAAUAAGCUUAAACAUGAAUACAAGGACUCAAAUCGAAAAAGAAUUGAUCAUUUCAGUUGCGAUAGUAAAUUAAAUAUCAAAAUCGAUAUUCUAGCUAAAGAAGCUAAAGUGGUGUUAAAACAUAAAUUGAUCCAUGAUAAACCCAUUGAUAUUACAACACUACCAGAAAUUAAACAAGAAAUUAUAGAUAACUUAAACAUGAAUCCUAAACCUAAAUGGACUGACUAUCAAUUUGAAGAAGUCUCAAAUGAGUUCUCUUUUGUCGACCCUUCUUUUAAACCUGACUUGCAAUAUGAAAAUAAAGAAUACUAUGUUGUUUGUCCAUCCAAUCUUCAUAAAAACAUAAUUGAUCUUGUGAGAAAACAUUUUAAUAUGCACUCUAAGAUUCCAAUUAAUUCAAAUGAAACUAUACCAUUUAGUAAAACAAAUAUAAUGAUUGAAGCAUAUUGGAAAGUUCUAAAGCAUACUUAUCUUUACCAAUAUAACCAUCCACAGCUUGAUUAUCUUAUUUGGGUUAUUUGUACUCACAUAUUACUUGACCAAAUUAUUCGUCUUCAACAAAUUCUACUAGGUAGAACAGUUUUAUUAUGGUUUGAAGAAUUUAAAAAGGAAUAG